AUGAUGUCUAAAAAGGUCAUGAUGCGAGUAAUAGCACCAAUAGUAAGGUCAUCGGCACUUCUCAAGAGCGAUUACAUCUACGAACACCAUAUCUGUGCAAAUUGUAUAUCACAGACGAAAUUGUUUUCCUCGUCAUCACAGCGGGAGGUUGACACUAGCCUACCGUUUACAGAAAAAUUAAGAAGAAAGAUAUGGGGAACGAACGAGCCACCUGGAAAUUUAAACCCCUAUGGCAAACAAAAUCAUAUUGGCCAAUCUGAUCAAUUAGAGAUUAAUCCAGCGAAACUUGGCGGAGAGAUGUCCCGGGUAGUCGAAACAGAUUAUACAGGUCUUGAACUUGCAACAAAUUGGGACGGACUCGAGCUGAUUGGUGAUGAAAAAGACAUUGUGUCUAGGAAAGAAUGGCUCCCUGGCAACAAUUUCAAAGCAAGCUUUUUUCCAAAACACGUCAUGAUAGAUGGGGAUGAAAUAAAGGCCACGCUGCACCGAGCCAUCGUGGAAGUAAUGACUUGGAAGCAAUCUGGGCGUAAUAUUUCCGAAAUUACUACUUCAACCCCUGGCCCUGACUUGACCACAAAAGUUCAGAUAAUUAAUUCAGCCCCAGAAACUGCUCUUCAAUUCCCUGACGAAACUUGCAGAGAGAAGAUUCUUCAGUCACUGACGCACUUUGAAGAUGAUAGUGAAGUUACCUCUCCACACUCUACGUCAUCCGAUGAAGUGGUAAUCCCUGAAAAUAACACCCAAACUCAGGAGUCAGAAUUUUUAAACCAAUCUUCUCAAAAUUUACUGAUGUCAGAGGAUAAAAACAUCCCCGUUAUCUACCAGCUGAAGAAAGUUCAAAAAUCUACCAUGUCAAGCACAUACGCAGAGUUAAUUUCAACAUGGGAUCCUACCUGGACUAAAACGAGUCUUAGAGAUCCUGCUAUCAAAUUUGCUGUUAUCAAGCGAAUGAUGCAAUUGAGUGGUAUCCGUAUACCCGAUAAUAUAAUUACAUCUACUGAAACAAUACGAUCUCUGCUAAACCACAUUAUCAAGCCUCCGAAGUCACAUAAGCUCGUGGAGGCGUUAUCACAGAACGAAGAGCUUCUCGGCCUUCCAAACGUUUCCGUCUUUCCACGGCGUAUUACUCUAUGUGACAAAGAAAAAGCAGUCGGCAGGUGGAAGUUAAUCGAAAGUGAAUUUGAGGCGCGUGGGCUUACGCCUAUUUCAGCAACGAAGAGAUAG